AUGGCAGCACCUGAAGUGGCCCCAACUGUGGCUGUCAAAUUCUUCUCAGCCGGAACAGCUGCAUGUGUGGCUGAUUUGGUCACGUUUCCUCUGGACACCGCAAAAGUCCGACUUCAGAUUCAAGGGGAAUCCUCAGAUGUAAGAAAGAGGUACAGAGGUGUGUUUGGCACCAUCUUCACCAUGUGGAAGACUGAGGGCCCCCGGAGUCUGUACAGUGGGUUGGUGGCAGGACUCCACAGACAGAUGACUUUUGCUUCAGUGCGCAUUGGCCUCUAUGACUCAAUGAAGCAGUUCUACUCCAGAGGAUCAGGAGAUGUUGGGAUCGGCACUCGAAUCCUGGCCGGCUCCACCACAGGAGCCAUGGCUGUGGCCUUCGCUCAGCCCACUGACGUGGUGAAGGUGCGCUUCCAGGCGCAGAUGAGGCUGCCUGAGAGUGGAGCGGUGAAGAGAUAUGACAGCACCAUCAGCGCCUACAGGACUAUUGCCAGAAAUGAGGGCAUCAGGGGCCUUUGGAAAGGUUGUGUCCCAAACAUAACUCGAAACGCCAUUGUGAAUUGCUCGGAGCUUGUUACAUAUGACAUUAUCAAGGGACUCAUUUUGAAGCACAAGAUUAUGACAGACAACCUGCCGUGCCACUUCACAGCAGCUUUUGCAGCAGGAUUUUGCACAACCAUCGUGGCCUCACCGGUGGAUGUGGUGAAGACACGCUACAUGAACUCUGUGCCGGGCCAGUACAGUGGAGCCAUUAACUGUACCUUCACCAUGUUGGUGAAGGAAGGGCCCACAGCCUUCUACAAAGGGUUUGUGCCUUCGUUUCUUCGACUGGGAUCCUGGAAUAUAGUGAUGUUUGUAAGCUACGAGCAAAUAAAGAGAGGGGUCAGCCGAGCCAAGGAUUACUGGAACUCUCCUGGAUGA